AUGUCAGACUCCGGAAUCUCCAGUGAAUCAACUUCCGUCUCUGGCGGCAGCAGCAGCAGUGGCAACACCAACAGAAAUCCACCAAUAAUCGAUUUCAGUAAGCUGCCAGCAAGGGAGGAGCUGACGGAGAUGGAUCUUCCCGCAACGAGCAAACCUUGGCCCCAGUUUGAACUCCCAGUCGAUGUUUUGUUGCUGACAGUGGAGGACUGCGAAUUUUUGGCUUGCGUUUCUUAUUUGAAUGAGGGAUUCUAUAAAAGUUAUGAUGAGAAGCCUGGAUUUGUGUAUUUUGGGAAAAUUGGUGCGGGGCAAGAUGCCUUGAAAAUUGCCUUAAUGAAAAGUCAUAAGGGCCCUACUGAUGCUCUCAUGACUGUGAAAAACGCCGUUGAAGUCUUAAGUCCGAAAGCUGUAAUUUGGGUAGGAUUUUGCCGUGGUUUAGACGCCAAGAAAGUCAAAUUAGGGGAUGUGGUAGUUUCGUCGAAGUUGAGGACAUAUUCCAAAGAAAAAGUAACAGACAAGGGAAAUGAAGAUUGGAAUGAUGCUGUCCCGGUGUCCAGACAUCUUUCAAGGCUCCUUUUAGACGCGGGAAAAGGCUGGAAACGACCGUUGAAGAAUGUGGCAGAGCUCGAGGUGAAAGUACAAAAUGGCGUAAUUUUGAGCGGCCCAAAGGAGGUUAAUAGUAAAAAGCUACAUGCAGAACUUACCGGGCGAUUUGGUGAAGCCAUUGCUAUAGACAUGGAGGGCGAAGGUAACUAAAGAGUUUAACAAAUAACGUUAACAGUUUCAGCGAAGAUCAAGUAACAUAAGAGUGCGAAGCGUGGGCAAGGCGAGAGUCUUGUACAUAAACCAACUGACCUUAUUUAACUGGAAAACACAUUAGAAGAUGAAAAAAAUGGCCUAUUGUUUCAAUAUUGCAAUACACCCAACUCCGGCCCAUCCAUAGCCAAAGAUAAACAACUAUAGUCAGUUAGAAAAAUAUAUUAAGGGAUGAGCGAGGAUGAAGAUAAGAAGUCAAAAUUAAGUUUGGUGUUUUUUUUUUAAAUUAUCUUUUAAUUUUUUAUCAAUUUUUAUUUAUACAUUUAUUUGCCUUUUUCCUGAGCCAAAGAUGAUAGGCGCUUCGAACUACAGCAACUGCCGGAUUUUAAACGGUGCCCACUCUCGAGCCAAAGUGAAUGCUGUUAUGAACGUUUAAAAAUCCUAGUUCAGUUUUUGCCUUUUUUAUUCGAGUUCAUAGCCUGCGAAAGCAGACGUAUUCCCAGUGGUCGCUUCAAACGGAGGCACCGGACGAUUUUUUUCUGUCAAACAACUGUUCGAAAGAGCAAAUAUUUCCUAGAAAUUUCAAAAGCUCAAGAAAAGCUAAAAAUUUCUUGGUUCUAUUCCUCCAAGGCAUUGCAGUUAGUGUAUAAAAAGGUCUUUUGAAAAUUUCAGUAUAAAACGUCCCAUAUAAUCUAAUCUUCUAAGAAAAGUACGUCUACUCCAUGUCCUCAAAAUUUCGACCGGACCCAUCAGGGUAGCUAACAGUUUCGAAUGCAGCGAAAAAGCCACCUAAAACUAUCGAGACGAUCAGAGUUCCCCUAAGACAUCCGAACAGAAAAAUAGUUUUACGGGGAGCUCCAAAUUAACCAAACAGGCCAUCUGAGACACUUCUGACGAAUUUGGAAACAUUCGGUCAAAUACGUCUGCGCUCACAGGGUAUGGAGUUAACGAUGAUGAAUAGAAUUCCUUGGCCCCUGAAGUUGACUGCUGUAGGUCUCUUUGUCCUGCGUAGACUAAAGCAAAAUCAUUCUUUUCAGGUCUCUAUAAAGCAGCGCAUGACCUGAAAAUGGAAUGGGCAGUUAUUAAAGGCGUUGCUGAUUACGCAGAUGGGACAAACUCUAGCACAGACGAGUGGAAACGAUUCGCAAGUUUUAUGGCAGCUUCUGUAACUGCUAAGGUCCUUGAUCCCAUUGCUUUCAAGAGCAUGCCUAAUUAUAAAGGUAAGGCCCAGUUCAGACGUCGUGCUUCUGCCGUGCCGAACUAAAUUGAGGAAUUAAGUUCGACAAAAGCACGGCAGAAGCACGGCGUCUGAAUCAAACUUUUGAAUUAAGUUCGGCAAGCAAUUAAGUUCGACAAGCGCUGCCGUGCUACACGGCUCUGGCACGGCAGCGAUUCAAACNAUAGAAUUCCUUGGCCCCUGAAGUUGACUGCUGUAGGUCUCUUUGUCCUGCGUAGACUAAAGCAAAAUCAUUCUUUUCAGGUCUCUAUAAAGCAGCGCAUGACCUGAAAAUGGAAUGGGCAGUUAUUAAAGGCGUUGCUGAUUACGCAGAUGGGACAAACUCUAGCACAGACGAGUGGAAACGAUUCGCAAGUUUUAUGGCAGCUUCUGUAACUGCUAAGGUCCUUGAUCCCAUUGCUUUCAAGAGCAUGCCUAAUUAUAAA